CAUUCCAGAGGUACCUGAAACCAGCACACUUCUACUGCCUACACCUGUCCUAGGCUCUGUAAAAGACCCAGUGUUUGCCAUUUUAACCCAGAUCAACACUGCCAACUUUCCACUCUUCAACACCCACAAUAGCACAGACCAAUACACCAUGGGCAAUGAAACCACAGACUACACCGACACGUCAGUGACAACAGAAAUAGACUAUGGCGAUUCGGCACCAUGCAUGGGAACUGAUGAAAAGCACUUUGCAGCAAAAUUUUUGCCACCUCUUUAUUCUUUAGUGGUGAUAUUUGGCCUGACAGGUAACCUGCUUGUUGUCCUUAUCCUAGUCAAAUACAAGAGGCUGAAGAGUAUGACUGACAUCUACCUGCUCAACUUGGCAAUUUCUGAUCUGCUGUUCGUGUUUUCUCUCCCCUUUUGGGCUUAUUACGCAGUUCACGACUGGAUUUUUGGGGAGGCGCUCUGUCGAAUUCUGUCAGGUGUCUACCUCCUUGGCUUCUACAGUGGCAUCUUCUUCAUAAUCCUGCUGACCCUGGACAGGUACCUGGCCAUAGUGCACGCGGUGUUUGCUUUGAGGGCCAGGACAGUUACCUAUGGCAUCCUCACCAGUGUCAUCACUUGGGCUGUUGCUGUUUUGGCUUCUGUCCCUGGGGUACUAUUUCAGAAAACUCAAAAGGAAAGUAUAGGCUAUACAUGCAGUGCUCAUUAUCCAAGUGAUUCCAUAAUAAAUUGGAAGUACUCUUUUAUUCUAAAGAUGAACAUCCUGGGACUUAUUGUUCCAAUGCUCAUUAUGAUUUUCAGUUACUCACAAAUUCUAAAAACAUUGUUGAGAUCCAAGAAUGAGAAAAAACAGAAGGCAGUCAGACUUAUUUUUGUAAUCAUGAUUUUUUACUUCAUCUUCUGGACACCAUUCCAUAUUUCUUCUUUUUUGCAUGCAUUUCAAAAUUCACUUUUCAUCCCAACUUGUGAACUUCAAAGUCAGCUGGAGAAAGCAAUCCAAGUUACAGAAACAAUCUCAAUGAUCCACUGUUGCAUUAAUCCUGUGAUCUAUGUAUUUGUUGGAGAAAAAUUUAGGGCAUAUCUUUAUAUCUUUUUCCGAAAGCAAGUUGCACCUCACCUCUGCAAAAAAUGUCCAAGUCUGUAUCGUGAAAAGUUGGAAAGAGCCAGUUCCACAUUCACACAAUCCACUGCAGAGCACGACAUCUCUACUGGACUGUAAAACUACAUCAGAACAUUAGUUAAUAAAUUUUGCAUCACUUGCUUUGCCUUAAGGAGUGGCACAUCCUUAAGGCAUCCUGGGUCACAUCAAGAUUUAAAUACGGCCCGGACAAAUAUGAUGGUGCUUUUUUACAAAAAUCUGUCCACUGAGGUUUAUUGAGAGGGGAAUACAAUAUCGACAAGUCUAAGGGGUAAUAAGAUCACAAGAUCCUCCUGGCACCAUUUAACUCAAGAAUUUUUUUGUUCUGCCAAUAGUGCGGUCAUUUUUAAACAUAAUCCUUUAACAGCUAUUACUAUGUUAUAGCAUUUUGGUUUUUGCUUUUUAAUUUUAUGUCUGCCAUAUCACCAUUCAGUUGCUUUUUUUCCAAAGAGUGGUUUUAAUCAGCAACAUUGUGA